GAUAGCAGGCAGCCAUCUUGCUUGGAGCCUGAGAAAGGGAGGAGAGACAGAAGGAACCGGCGACAGUGGUCUCAGGGCCGCUCCGGGGGGCCUCAAGAACCGGAGGCAGCCCCGGAGGCUUCCGCGGGCGGACACGCCAGAGGAGGAGGCCGGGGAAUGGCCGCGGUGUGGCAGCAAGUCUUAGCAGUGGACGCGAGGUACAACGCGUACCGCACACCAACGUUUCCACAGUUUCGGACGCAGUAUAUCCGCCGGCGCAGCCAGCUGCUGCGAGAGAAUGCCAAGGCUGGGCACCCCCCAGCGCUGCGUCGGCAGUACCUGAGGCUUCGGGGGCAGCUGCUGGGCCAGCGCUACGGACCCCUCUCCGAGCCAGGCAGUGCUCGUGCCUAUAGCAACAGCAUCGUCCGCAGUAGCCGCACUACCCUUGACCGCAUGGAGGACUUUGAGGAUGAUCCUCGGGCCCUGGGGGCCCGUGGGCACCGUCGUUCUGUCAGCCGAGGCUCCUACCAGCUGCAGGCACAGAUGAACCGUGCUGUCUAUGAGGACAGGCCCCCUGGCAGCGUGGUGCCCACGUCAGCGGCAGAGGCAAGUCGGGCCAUGGCCGGGGACACAUCACUGAGCGAGAACUAUGCCUUUGCGGGCAUGUACCAUGUUUUUGACCAGCACGUGGAUGAGGCAGUCCCAAGGGUGCGCUUCGCGAAUGAUGACCGGCACCGCCUGGCCUGCUGCUCACUCGACGGCAGCAUCUCCCUGUGCCAGCUGGUGCCCGCCCCACCCACAGUGCUUCGUGUGCUACGGGGCCACACCCGUGGUGUCUCUGACUUCGCCUGGUCCCUCUCCAAUGACAUCCUCGUGUCCACCUCACUGGAUGCCACCAUGCGCAUCUGGGCCUCUGAGGAUGGCCGCUGCAUCCGGGAGAUCCCUGACCCUGAUGGCGCUGAACUGCUCUGCUGCACCUUCCAGCCCGUCAACAACAACCUCACCGUGGUGGGGAACGCCAAGCACAACGUGCAUGUCAUGAACAUCUCCACGGGCAAGAAAGUGAAGGGGGGCUCCAGCAAGCUGACGGGCCGUGUCCUUGCUCUGUCCUUUGAUGCCCCUGGCCGGCUGCUCUGGGCGGGUGAUGACCGGGGCAGUGUCUUCUCUUUCCUCUUCGACAUGGCCACGGGGAAGCUGACCAAAGCCAAGCGUCUGGUGGUGCAUGAGGGGAGCCCUGUGACCAGCAUCUCAGCCCGGUCCUGGGUCAGCCGCGAGGCCCGGGAUCCCUCACUGCUCAUCAAUGCUUGCCUCAACAAGCUGCUGCUCUACAGGGUGGUAGACAACGAGGGGACCCUGCAGCUGAAGAGAAGCUUCCCCAUCGAGCAGAGCUCACAUCCUGUGCGCAGCAUCUUCUGUCCCCUCAUGUCGUUCCGCCAGGGGGCCUGCGUGGUGACGGGCAGUGAGGACAUGUGCGUGCACUUCUUUGAUGUGGAGCGGGCGGCCAAGGCUGCCGUCAACAAGCUGCAGGGCCACAGUGCACCUGUGCUUGAUGUCAGCUUCAACUGCGACGAGAGCCUACUGGCCUCCAGUGACGCCAGCGGCAUGGUCAUCGUCUGGAGGCGGGAGCAGAAGUAGGGUCCUGUCAGCCCUGCUGCUGUCCUCCAUCCCACCCCUCUUACUCCAGCCUCGUGUUGUAAAUAAAGUUUCGGUGGUCAUGCUGAGGGCCAGCUCCCAACUCUGCCAGGGACGGGCAGGGCAGCGGGCAGCUCCAGGAACACGGUG